UUUUAUUUUCGAAUAAGGCACAAAAAUUUUUCAUAUUCUCUUUUUUUUUUUAAAAAACUAUAUUUUGUUGUCUAGUAGUAUAUUAUUAUAUAAUUUAUAUUAUUAGAUUUAAUUUUUAAAAUUUUUUUUUUUUGUAUUUUUAAUAAAUUAUAAAAUUGUAAUAAUAAUAAAAUAAAAUAAAUAUAUAUAUAAUAUAAAAUGUUUAAAUUAAAUGUUUCAAAAUAUAGACAUACAAAUGGUAAAGUUGAUAAAAGAGAAUUAUGGUACCCAGAUGUAAAUACUUCAGGAUCAUCAGCAGCAACUACAUUUAUUAAAGCAAAUAGUAAAUGGAUUGGUUUAAAUUGGCAAUCAAAUACUGGCACAGUUGGUAUUAUUCCAUUAAAGUCAUAUGGUAAAAGAAAAGGUGAAACUUUUUUAGUACAUGCACAUUCAUCCACCCUCACUGAUUUCGAAUUUAAUCCAUUCAAUGAACACCAAUUAGUAACUGCUUCUGAUGAUAGUACAAUUAAAGUUUGGAAUAUUAGAGAGGCCAUGCAAAGUGGAGUCAAUACAUUAUCAUCACCAGCUGUAACAUGUAGCGGUCAUUCAAAAUCUGUUGAUGCCAUUGCAUUCAAUCCAAGUGCUGAAAAUAUAUUGGCAUCAGUUAGUCAAGAUAAAACAUUAAAGAUUUGGGAUUUAUCAAGUGGUGAAGAAAAAUUCAGUUACUCUUUUGACAAUGCUCUUCUUUCAAUCUCUUGGAAUUAUGAUGGUAGUUUAAUAUUUGCUACUGGUAAAGAUUUAAAGAAUAGAGUUAUUGAUCCACGUACUGGUGAAUCAGUUCAAGUAGGUGAUGGUCAUCAGGGUGUUAAACCAUCUCGUUGUGUUUGGUUAGGUAAUUCACCAUUCAUUGCCACCGUUGGUUUCUCAAAGAUGAGAGAAAGACAAGUUUCAUUAUGGAAUAGUUCAGAUUUAUCAAAAGCAAUUAAAACCAUCACUUUAGAUAGUUCAACUGGUAUUAUCAACCCAAUUUAUGAUCAAGAUGCUCAACUCUUAUUCAUUAGUGGUAGUGGUGAUUCUACUGUUCGUGUUUUCGAUCUCAAUACUCAAUUCACUAAAGAACCAGCUUUCACUGAAAUUCAAAAUGUUCCAACCGAUACCCCAGCAAAAGGUAUUUGUGCAAUUCCAAAAAGAGCUUUGGAUGUUAUGGAAGUAGAAAUUGAUCGUUUAUUAAAAGCAACCCCAAAUAAUAUUGUUCCAAUCACUUUUUCAAUGGCAAGAAAAUCAAAAUCACAAUUUGCCGAUGAUUUAUUCCCAAAUACUAUUUCAACUAAACCAUCUUUAUCUUCAAAUGAAUGGUUAUCAGGUGAAAAUAAAGAACCAAUUUUAAUGAGUUUAAAUCCAAUUGAUAAUCCAGUACAAGAUUUUGAUGAUUUAUCAGUUUCAUCACCAUCAUCAGAACCAGAAAAGAAAAUGACAUUUUUCGUUGAUGACAAUAAUAGCGAUAACAAUAACAAUAAUAAUGAAUCAUCAGCUUCAGAAAAUUUACAAGAAGAACAAGAGGAAAAAUCAUCACCAAAUACAUCAUCCCCAGCAUCACCAGUUUAUUCAUCAUCUUCAUUACAAAAUGAAAAUAUUAAUCGUACUGGUUAUGUACCAAAAGUUGUAAGAUCAUCAAAAUAUAGACAUGUUGUAGGUACUACCGCUCAAAAGAAUCAAUUUUAUACCAAUCUUAAAGUUAAUGGUAGUACAAGUAACACCUGCAUUGCUGUUAAUCGUGAAUAUGUUGCUGUUCCAUAUCAAGGUAUUGGUGGUCCAUUAGCUGUUAUUCCACUUGCUAGUAAAGGUCGUCAAAUCACUGUUCCAUGUAUUGAAAUUGGAAGUCAAUUAUGCGAUUUUGAUCUUUCACAAUUUAAUAGCUCCAUAGUUGCUACUGGUUCAGAAGAUAGUCACGUCAAAAUCUUUAAAGUCCCAGAAGGUGGUCUUCCAAAGAAUGGUAAAAACUAUACCACCGUCGAAGCCGAUCUUAUUGGUCACAAUAGAAAAGUUGUUUCAGUUAAUUUCCAUCCAACCGCAGAAGAGGUUUUAAUUUCAACUGGUGGUGAUAUGGUCGUUAAAAUUUGGGAUCUUAACUCUGCUCAAGAAAAACUCUCAUUCGAUGGUCACACCGAUAUGAUUACAAGUGUCGAUGUCAAUUACACUGGUGAUUUAUUCUUAACAAGUUGCAAAGAUAAGAAAAUGCGUAUUUUCGACCCACGUACCAAUACAUUAGUCUCUGAAACCAUUACCCAUAAUGGUGUUAAAGGUGCUAAGUCAGUUUGGUUAGGUCAAACCGGUAAUAUUUUCAGUGUUGGUUUCAAUAAAUCCUCAGAACGUGAAUAUCAAUUAUGGGAUUCAAGAAACCUUUCAAGCCAUUUAGUAGAAAAGAAGAUCGAUCAACUCUCUGGUGUUAUUACUCCAUUCUAUGAUGAAGAUUCUGGUGUUGUUUACCUUGCAGGUAAAGGUGAUGGUUCCAUUCGUAUGUUUGAAAUUAACAAUGAAGAUCCAUACGUUCAUUAUCUUACCGAAUAUAACUCUGGUUCACCACAAAUUGGUGUUGCUAAAGUAUCACAAAAAACUCUUAUGGACGUUAAAAAAUGUGAAAUUUCACGUUUCUACAAAGUUACUGCUGAUACUAUUGAACCAAUUUCAAUGACUGUCCCAAGAAAUCGUACAGAAUUCUUCCAAGAUGAUAUCUAUCCAGAUACUCGUUCAGGUAAUCCAUCAAUGACCUCUGAAGAAUGGUUCAAUGGUGAAACUAGACAAUGCGAAAUGGUUUCACUCCAACCACAAGGUAUGGUAGCUCUUUCAAAUGCUCCACCACCACCAAAGAAAGAAGAAAAAAUCAUUGCACCACAAAUUGUAGAUCAAACACCAUCAAAAGAUCAAUUUACAAACUCACUUUUAUCACGUGUUUCUACUCAAAAUGCUUAUUCAAAUUGGGAACAAAUUCAAAAAUUAAAAGAUUCAGUUUCAAGUGGUAUUACUUUUGAAGAUCCAGUCAGUGAUUCAGAAUGGGAUUAA